CCGGCCUCCGUGAAGGGAUAGUUUUGGUGUGACACGAAGACGCCUGAGAAUGUCACCAGCAAAGACUCGGCCUCAGUCGGGCCGGCGGAGAAAGGUGAAGCUGGGGGAGACAAGCCGUGUCUUUUCCUCUUCUUCCCAUCGCAGUCACACUCACAUAGUAUGAGUGGAAGGGGGCAGGUGACGGGAGAGAGAGGAAAAUUCCGUAGCAAACAGUGCACGGAGUGGAGUAUAUAAAACCACAUCUAGUCUCUACUGUGCUUCAGUAUUCCGUCAGUGGGAGGAGUUCGAGGAAGGACAUCUAAAUCACAGAAUGUGUGAUGAGGAGGACUGUGCCUUGGUCUGCGACAAUGGCUCCGGGAUGGUCAAGGCUGGCUUCGCAGGCGAUGACGCUCCCCGAGCUGUGUUCCCUUCCAUUGUGGGCCGCCCUCGUCACCAGGGUGUGAUGGUCGGCAUGGGUCAGAAGGAUGCCUACGUCGGCGACGAGGCUCAAGCCAAAAGAGGCAUUUUGACUCUUAAGUACCCCAUCGAGCACGGCAUCAUCACCAACUGGGACGACAUGGAGAAGAUCUGGCACCACACUUUCUAUAACGAGCUCCGCGUUGCCCCUGAGGAAUCUCCCGUCCUGCUCACUGAGGCUCCCCUCAACCCCAAGGCCAACCGUGAGAAGAUGACCCAGAUCAUGUUCGAGACCUUCAACACCCCUGCCAUGUAUGUGGCCAUCCAGGCAGUGCUGUCCCUGUACGCCUCUGGCCGUACAACUGGCUUGGUUUGUGACUCAGGUGAUGGAGUGACUCACGAUGUUCCUGUUUAUGAAGGAUACGCACUUCCUCACGCCAUUCUCCGUCUCGACUUGGCGGGUCGUGAUCUCACCAACCAUUUGACAAAGAUCAUGACUGAGCGAGGCUACUCUUUCACCACCACCGCCGAGCAUGAGAUCGUCCGUGACAUUAAGGAAAAGCUCUGCUACAUCGCCCUUGAUUUUGAAGGUGAAAUGAAUGUCGCCGCCGCUUCAAGUUCUAUUGAUAAGUCUUACGAACUGCCCGACGGUCAGAUCAUCACUAUUGGAAACGAGCGGUUCCGUGCGCCCGAGGCACUCUUCCAGCCUUCCUUCCUGGGUAUGGAAUCUGUCGGCAUCCACGAGACCGUCUACAACUCCAUUAUGAGGUGCGAUAUUGAUAUCAGAAAGGACCUCUUCGCCAACACCGUGCUGUCUGGUGGCACCACCAUGUACCCUGGUAUUGCUGACCGCAUGCAGAAGGAAAUCACUGCCCUGGCUCCCUCCACUAUCAAAAUCAAGAUCAUUGCUCCUCCUGAACGUAAAUACUCUGUCUGGAUAGGUGGCUCCAUCCUGGCUUCUCUGUCCACCUUCCAGACCAUGUGGGUUGCCAAAGAGGAAUAUAACGAAUCUGGACCAGGUAUUGUCCAUCGGAAGUGUUUCUGAUGAAACGGUUGUUGAAGUUCUUACAUGCGUUAUGUUUACCACCAGGGAUAUUGCCACUUACCGUCUCGAUAAGUAGCUUUUGAUCUGUAGCUUGUUUAAUCUCCUGAAGCCACAGGUACCAUAACAAAGACAAAAUAUUUUUCAUGACAAAGGUCCAUACCUUCAACCUUCAAUAAAUGCCAUCAUAUA